CAUCACCACCACAACCAUCCUCCUUAUAUUCACAAUUUCAUCUCUCUCUCUUCCCCCCCUCUCCCUCUCUCUCUUUCUCCAUGGCCCAGAAUCACUCUCUCAGCUUGCUUGUAGCAGCCAUGGAUGGUCUCUGGUUUAACCAAGUCAUUCUUUUCUCGAACCCCAUGUCACUACUCUGCCCCACUACCCUCAGAAUUGCACCACAAACUACCUCAUCAGAUUCUCUUUUGUAUUGCUCAUCCGACCUUUCUGCACCACCUCCUUCAGAAGAAGAAACCUCAGCUCACUCAUCCGCAAGCCCUCUUCCACAGUUAGUAGAUGAGGAAGAUGAUCCCAAGAAUGAAGGUGAAGACAAGGAAAUGAAGCAGAAGGAAAGACCCAACAGGUUGAAUCUUAUGACAAGAAAAACCCGCUCAUUUUCAUCAUCACCUGCCACUAAAAAACGUGCUAAAAAUCACAGAUACUUGGGUGCAGUGACAAGUUUACCCAAAACCAUGAGCUGCAAGAGCUUGAGGGAGCUAGAACUUGAAGAAGUGAAGGGGUUCAUGGAUUUAGGUUUCAAAUUCAAAAGAGAACAUUUAAGUCCACGAAUGAUAACCGUAAUCCCUGGCUUGCAGAGACUCGGAGGAUACAACAAUGAUCAGGAAACUGAACUAUCAGAUUCCACUCAAUCAGCUAAUUAUAAAGAUGAUAAAAUCGAAGAAGAAGAAGAGGAGGAGAGAGCUGUAGUGAGGCCGUAUCUUUCUGAAGCAUGGUUAAUAAAGAGACCUGAUUCUCCAUUACUAAACCUAAAGAUGCCAAGGGUGUCUGCCUCUGCUGACAUGAAGAAACAUCUAUGGCACUGGGCUAGAACUGUGGCAUAUGUAAUUCAGCAGCAAUCUUGAAAGUAGUUCAUCCUCCCACAUAACUACAGAGAUGCAUAUGCUCAUGCUGUGGAGAUCAAACAAUCAAUCCGGAAUCAAGAAUCUCUUUCAAACACAGCUGCAAUUGUAAAAAGGAAUAAAGAUCGAUGUGAAACAAAGUGUGCAAAUGUAUUUUUGUUACUGUUUACCUUUCCUUUCCCCAAACAAGGAACGGAAUAGAAUGUUUUUUUGUAAGUAAAGCAAAUCGGAACUUUCGUUCUACUUUAUCU